UCAAGAUGGCGGCUUUGUUGAAGACAAAUGGAUGCAGAGACAUUGAAAGUUUGUUAGAAUUGUGCGAUGUUUCUUUGGAAAAGAUACAUGUAGAUGAUUGCGAAAAUAAUAAUUCCUCAAAGGUUCCAAGUUUGACUUURYGUUCUGGUGUAACAGUUCAAGGUCUGCAUACCAUUGCAGUAUACAUUGCUAGUGUUUCCACAACUGGCGAUGAACUUCUUGGAGAUACCCCUCUUGGAAGGGCUGAAGUUCAUCAGUGGCUGGAGUAUAGACAGAAACAGGUUGAACAGGCUUUACUGCCUGACAAAAGUUAUUUCAAACCCGUUUUACAGGAUUUGAAUUGCCAUCUUGUAAAUAAAGUGUACUUGGCAGGCCAAAAGUUAUCCUUAGCAGACAUUAUGUYCUAUUAURCGCURCGCAAUGUGUUAUCUGAUAUGAUGCCACAAGACAAAGAAAUGUACAUAAAUAUUUCACGUUGGUUUCGACAGGUAUGGAUUAUUUUCURAAGACUCUUUUGCAAACAGUGUGUGAUGUCAGUUUCAACUCUUAAUAUCUAA